AUGGCAGAUGGUUUAGAGGAUAGUUUCGGCUUCGAGCCACAAAUCGACUACUAUGAAAACAAUGAAGCGGACAUCGAGUUUGUAAUUGAUGAGCAGCCUGUGAAAAAGGAAAAGACUCAACAGACAAGCAGCAUGACCAAAAACGAUGACGUCAUUGAAAACACUGUUGAAGGUGUGAAGAAAAAGAAAAAGAAGAAAAAACAUAAUUUCAAACGGCGGAAAAUUACCGAGGAUGAAUCAAUAGUAAACUGCACCACUUUCGCCGAUUCGAGAGAUUUUCUCAAAUUUCACGACACUUUUUUGGAUCAACAGAAAUUGUCGAGUAUUGAACGCGAAGAGCUUGUUCUAAACCAGCAGACUCAUUUUAAAAAUGUUGCAAAUCGUGAAAGUAUUGAAAAUAUUUCACAAUUCUUGGAAGUGGGUCUAAAUUGGACACCAAAAUUGCGACCGGCGAAAGCGAAAAUGGCACAAGUGGUGAUAGUAUGUUCUGCUGCAAUGCGAUGUAUUGAACUGAUCAAUGUGUUGAAAAAAUCAAAGACGCACAGUUGUGCUCAUAUUUCGAAGAUGUUUUCGUCACAUAUGAAGAUUGACGACCAAGCCAAAGAAUUGGAACGCCAAGAAGUUCAUAUUUGCGUUGGAACGCCAGCUAGGUUGUGUAAAUUGGUGGAGGAAAAAUAUUUGAUUUUGGAGAUUUGUAAAUUCUUUGUGGUUGAUUUUAAUUGGAGGAACUCUAAAUUGAAGAGAAUUGUUGAUAUACCUGAAACGAAAGCGGAACUUAUGAAGUUUGUGAGUUUGUUUCGCAAAAACUUUGUGGAAACUAAAAAUUCAAUUGCCAUAUUUUGA